GGGAUCUUCUGUUGCCGGACACUUGGAGCUCUGCUCUGACUCCGCGCUGUCCCCGUCCUCCUCCGGAGCAGGCAUGGCUCUUGUGAAUACAUGUAUCGUGCUCCCACUCCUAUUCCUGGCUACAGAGGCGGUGGAGAAACGACAGUCAGGUGGAAAAACUGAGACAGAAAUCCAAGCUAAUUUAUUAAAGGAAGCCUGUCACAACAAGCCAUUGGAUCUUGUCUUCAUCAUCGACAGUUCCCGAAGUGUACGCCCGUAUGACUUUGAAAAGGUGAAAGAAUUUCUAAUCACUAUGCUCACGUUCCUGGACAUUGGCCCAGAUAAAACAAGGGUGGGUCUGAUACAAUAUGGCAGUACAGUAAAAAAUGAGUUUUCCCUGAAGACUUACAAAAAGAAAUCUGAUAUUGAACGGGCAGUGAAGAGGAUGAUGCACCUUGCCACCGGAACCAUGACAGGAUUGGCAAUUCAGUAUGCCAUGAACAUUGCCUUCUCUGAGAGUGAUGGGGCUCGCCCAGCAAAUCAGUAUGUGCCGAGGAUUAUCAUGAUAGUAACUGAUGGCAGACCGCAGGAUCCCGUAGCUGAAAUUUCAGCAAAGGCAAGGAACUCUGGGAUCUUAAUAUUUGCCCUUGGGGUGGGUCGGGUAGAUAUGGACACUUUGAUAUCCAUUGGAAGUGAGCCACACGAGGAACAUGUCUUCUUAGUAGCCAAUUUCAGUCAGAUUGAGACGUUGACAUCUGUGUUCCAGAAUAAGCUUUGUGCUCCUCAUCUGUGUUCUAUUACUGAACAUGGCUGCGAUCACUUCUGUAUCAAUACUCCAGGCUCAUUCCUGUGUAGAUGCAAGCAAGGAUACAUCUUGAAUCCUGAUGAGAAGACCUGCAGAACUCAGGACCUGUGUGCUUCAGAGACCCACGGCUGUCAGCAGAUCUGUGUGAACACACCAGGGUCCUACAUCUGCCAGUGCUACGAGGCCUAUGAGCUGACCAAAGAUAAAAAGUCCUGUAAAAUUGUCAACUAUUGCGCCUUGGGUACCCAUGGCUGUCAGCACGAGUGUGUGAAUGCUAACGACUCGUACGUCUGUCAGUGUCGCCCUGGGUUUAUCUUGAAUCCAGAUAAGAACACUUGUCGCAGACCAGAUUACUGUGCCUUGGCAGAACAUGGAUGUCAACACGAGUGUGUUAAUACCGAUGAUUCCCAUUACUGCAGAUGUCGGCAAGGGUUUACACUAAAUCCGGACAAAAAGAAGUGCACAAAGAUUGACUACUGUGCACAGGGCAACCACGGAUGUGAACACGAAUGUGUCACUACAGACAGCUCAUUCAUAUGUAAAUGUCGGAAAGGCUUCGCUCUGAACCGCAAUGGGAAAACAUGCAGAAAAGUGGACCACUGUGCUGAGAGCAGGCACGGAUGUCAGCAAAUCUGUACAAACAUUGAAGAGUCAUAUGAGUGCCAGUGCUAUGAAGGGUUUAUGUUAAACAAAGAUAAGAAGACCUGCAGUGCUGUUGAUCACUGCUCACUGAAUGAACAUGGCUGCGAGCAUUUGUGUGUGAAUGCUGAUGGUUCCUUCACGUGCCAGUGCUUCGAGGGAUAUUUUCUCCGCAGUGAUAAGAAGACAUGUCAAAGUAAAGACCCCUGCAAAACCUCUGAACAUGGCUGUGAGCAUCUGUGCGUCAACAAUGAGAAUUCCUAUAUGUGCAAAUGCUUUGAAGGAUACCAAUUAGCAGAAGAUGGAAAACGAUGUCGAAGUAAAGACCCCUGCAAAACCUCUGAACAUGGCUGUGAGCAUCUGUGCGUCAACAAUGAGAAUUCCUAUAUGUGCAAAUGCUUUGAAGGAUACCAAUUAGCAGAAGAUGGAAAACGAUGUCGAAGGUGUGGAGAAGGACCCGUGGACUUAGUGUUUGUCAUCGACGGAUCGAAGAGUCUUGGCGAAGACAAUUUUGAAAUUGUAAAGCAGUUUGUAAUUGGGAUUAUAGACUCUCUGGAAGUCUCACAGAAAGCUGCCCGUGUGGGUUUAGUACAAUAUUCCACUCAUGUCCGCACAGAGUUCACCAUGGCCCAGUACAGCUCGGCCAAAGAGAUGAAGAAAGCCGUCUCCCAGGUGAAAUAUAUGGGCCGAGGCUCCAUGACGGGACUGGCCCUGAAACUCAUGUAUGAGAAAAGCUUCUCGGAGGUUCAAGGUGCCAGGCGACGCUCCAUGGGUGUCCCCAGGGUGGCUAUUGUGUUUACCGAUGGCCGAGCACAAGAUGAAGUCACAGACUGGGCAAGCAGAGCCAAAAAGAGCGGCGUCACCAUCUACGCUGUCGGUGUGGGCAAGGCCAUUGAUGAGGAGUUACGAGAAAUCGCUUCAGCUCCACAUGAGAAGCAUGUGAUUCACGCUGAUGACUUCAGCUCCAUGGGAUAUAUCACUGAGAAGUUGAAGUCCAGCAUCUGCGAAGGCUGGACCAACUGGAAGGCAAAUACUGAAAUAUCUAAUGAAGAAUUGACGUCUGAGUUUAAAGAGAAUGGUGAAAUCACAGUCUCCUGCUCCAUGUCCGCCAUCAAAUUCACUACACAAGCAGAAGAUAUAUCCGAGGAGCAGUGCCAGUGUAAGAAUAUACUGGAGUCUCAGAACAACGCAAAUGAGGAAAUCAAGCGGCUAAGUCAUCAAUUAGAGCAAAUCACAAGGCGGAUGGAGAUUUUGGAGAACCGCGUGGGACAAAGAUAACAGACUUGAUUUCCACUGAACUCAAAGAAGAU